CAGAAGGUGUCAAAUUUGUGAAUAGUAAACACAAGAAGCGCGAUUGGAAAUGUUUUAGCGUGUUAAAAUGUCAUCUCUCGUGACCAGGUCCACAAGUCUUCACCGUGUCCUUCGCUUAGGGACAUGUGUGAACAUAAAGCAGAUGCGUGUGUGUGGGGAAGAAGGAAGGUAUGCCAGCAGUACAACAGAAGAAAACAGGAGAAUCCCCAAGAUAUACACUAAAACUGGAGAUAAAGGUUUCUCCAGUACCUUCACAGGUGAGAGGAGACCCAAGGAGGAUCAUAUAUUUGAUGCUUUGGGAACAACAGAUGAAUUAUCAUCAGCAAUUGGGUUAGCACGAGAAUUUUGCAUUGACUGCGGCCAUUCAUUCACAGAUCAGCUGGAGAAGAUCCAGUGUGUACUUCAGGAUGUAGGAUCAAAUAUCGCCACUCCUCGCUCAUCAGCUAGAGACAGUCACAUAACAAAAACAAAGUUCAGUUCUCAGUCUGUGUCUGAACUGGAGAAGUGGAUAGAUUCCUUCACAGAGGAGCUUCCGCCACUCACCAGCUUCAUACUUCCGUCUGGGGGUAAAAGCAGUGCAGCUCUACAUGUGGCCAGAGCAGUGUGCCGACGAGCUGAACGCUGUGUCGCCCCUGUUGUCCGUUCAGGUGAGACAGAUCCAGAGGUUGCCAAAUAUCUGAACAGAUUGAGUGACUACUUGUUCACAGUGGCUAGAUAUGCGGCAAUGAAAGACGGCAAUGCAGAAACCAUCUACAAAAGGCAGGAAUAAAGGACGAAGACAACAAUCUUGAAGUUGAACAAUUUGUUUAUAUUUAUUUAUACGUGCACAUUUGUGUAUGUGUAUUCAAACACAUUAGGGAACAAUAAUCAUUAAGGCAAUGUCUAUUCAGGAUACUUUAUAGAUAACUGUCCCGUGGAAUUAUUAAAUAUCAAUUAAAUUUUGAUGGAGAUGGAGUGGCUAAGAAUAAUACUUUAUACUACAUCCAUGAUCACAUCUAUUAACUUCGUUCAAAAUGGUACAUUUUUUAUAUUUUAGAGUAACUAGUGUGGCAAAAUCAUUUUAAAGUUACCAUCUCUAUGCUGAAAAUUAUGUUUAUUUUAUCAUAUCUGUAUAAUAAUACCAGGGUUCCUACCAAAUGUCAAAUUUCCUGACUUUUCUGUGAUUUUACUGACUUAAAAGCUGAAUUUCCA